AAGAAACAAAUUGUAUCAACGAACUUUUGCAAGGUGACUUUCAAUUUCACAAGGCCUCCGUUUUCGUACCGUACUACGUGUUGCAGCUGAUCAUGGAUCUCGAACCAGGAACGCCGAUCUUGGAAAACGGCGUCGUCAAGGGUUCGCUGAGGCACGGUCGGACGGCUCACAACGUGUCGUCCUCCACGCUGCGGAAAAGGUCCGAUUUAGCCCUCGUUUCCAAGGUUCGUUUCGGUUGCCUAAGGGUUUUUCUUGUGAAUCUCCAGGAGGUCAUUUUGGGGACCAGGAUUUGUGUACUUUUUCCGGCGAUUCCGGCGGCUAUUUUGGCCGCCUCCUUUGGCUUCGGAAGACCAUGGGUUUUCGUUCUUAGCUUAUUGGGCCUCGCUCCACUUGCUGAACGCCUCAGCUUUCUGACCGAACAAAUCUCGUACUUCACCGGCCCAACAGUUGGUGGGCUACUAAAUGCAACAUGUGGCAACGCCACGGAGCUAAUAAUAGCAAUAUUUGCUCUUAGUAAGCAUAAGAUUGAGUUGGUGAAGUAUUCUCUUGUGGGAUCGGUUCUUUCAAACCUUCUUCUAGUUCUUGGAUCCUCCCUCUUCUUUGGUGGCAUCGUCAAUCUUAAAAAGGAGCAAAUUUAUGAUCGAAGGCAAGCUGAGGUGAACUCGCAGAUGCUGUUGUUGGCGCUUCUAUGCUUUUCGCUUCCGUUGCUGUUCCGUUACGCCGGAGCGUCUGCUGACGUGGCCGGAGUUGGUAGGCUCCGAUUGUCUAGAGCCGGUAGUAUAGUAAUGUUGGUGGCAUACUUCGCCUACUUGAGCUUUCAACUCUUGCCUCAUCAUCGCCAAUUGUUUGAAGAAGACAAGGAACCGUAUGAAUACGAUGACGACGUUGUGGAAGAGGUUCCGACGAUAGGAAUGUGGAGCACGGUGGCGUGGCUGGUGAUUGUUACUAUUAUUGUUGCUUUAUUGUCUGAGUACGUCGUGGCUACAAUUGAGGAUGCAUCAGAAACUUGGGGUUUAUCAGUUGGGUUCCUUAGCAUAAUCUUACUACCAAUAGUUGGAAAUGCAGCUGAGCAUGCAGGAGCUGUCAUUUUCGCUUAUAAAAACAAGUUGGAUAUAACUUUAGGUGUUGCUUUAGGGUCUGCAACUCAAAUUGCUAUGUUUGUGGUUCCUUUAUGUGUAAUAGUUGCUUGGGUUAUGGGAAUGAAUAUGGAUCUUGAUUUUAAUAUCCUUCAAACUGCCUCUCUUGCUCUUUCAAUAAUGGCUUCAUCAUCCAUUUUACAGGAGGGAACUUCUCACUACUUGAAGGGACUUAUUCUCCUUCUGUUCUAUGUUGUCAUUGCAACAUGUUUUUUCUUAACCAAUGAGGACAUUACAAUCGUCAAUUCCGAGACGUCAAAUGCCUAGCCAAUAUUUACGUGGAGAAUAGUAGAUUUAUUAUUUGGAAUUAUUGGGAUUUGACCUUCGACCUCAAAAGAAAAAAUAAGUACCCAUCAUCAUUAUUCUAUAUUUGACUGAACAUUUAAA